UCCGUUGUUUGUUUAUAGCAUCGCCCAUCCAUCCAGGAAGGGAUACUUGCAGCGCCUUUAAAUAAACCAACUCCAACGCCCUCCAAAAUGUGCGACGAGGAAGACAGGACCGUGUGGGUGGGCAACCUGGAUUCUGAACAAGUGACAGAAGAUGUCCUGUUCGAAUUGUUUUUGCAGGCAGGACCAGUACAGUAUGUCAGGAUAGCUAAGGACAGAGCAACUGGAACAUUCAAAAACUUUGCAUUUGUCAUUUAUCGUGAUCCAGUGUCUGUUCCUUACGCAAUUGAAUUGAUGAAUGGAAUUCCUCUUUUCAAUCGUAAUAUGAGAGUUCAGAAUAGGGGCUUGCAAGAGUUGCAACAGAGGGGACUUGCACCUGGGCCUGGUGGGAUACAUACUCUAGAUCCCAGCUUAUUAAAUAAUAGUCCUCAGGCUCCACAACAGAAUUACCCAUCAGUGCAAGCACAGAGUUGUGGCCAGCAGCAGUCACUCUUAGGCCCUGGCCCAGGAAUUCCUGCAGCACUACAAGGUCGAGUUCCACAGCAUAUCAUGGCAUUAGCUCAACAGCAGAUAGCUUUGUUGCAGGCACAGCAGCCUUGUCUUUUAUCAGACAGUCCUCUACUCAAUGCGCCAGGCAUGCGCACAUCAGAUCGCCUCGGCUCCGUAAAUUAUGGCAUGUAUGGUCAGGGACACCGAGGUCAUAAUAUGCAGGAUAACAUGCGAGGGAGUGGGUCAAGAACCAAUAAUGCACCACACAGUCAACAGUGGAACAGAGGACAUCAUUACGAUAAUAGGGACAGAAAUUCUAGAUCCUUAGAUGACCGUCAUAACCGUCAUCAUGAGGACAGAAACAGAUAUGGAAGGUCCUUGGAUGAUCACCAGAAUUACCGUCAUAAUCAGAGAAGCGGCGGACAGAAAUACAUCGAUAAUGAUGCGAUGAAGAUGCUGAAAGGGCAGCAGAAUCGAGAUGACAGUGUUUCUCAAAAUUCCAACAUGCUCGCUCAGUUACAGCAACAGCAAGGACGUUUUGACUACAAUAGAUUAGGACCAAAGAAUGACUCUUACAUGAGACCAAAUGGACACAGUCAUGACAGUCAUAGAUCGAGGGAUCAUUAUCACAGUCGGUCUCAUGGAAAUGAUGAUAGGUCUAGUGGUAGGUAUGAUCCAUAUAGAAGUUCCAGACGUUGAUGCCAUCGUGCCUACCACAUUGUCAAAUGCCAGUUUGGUACUUUUUAUGUUUUUGUUUCAGAAGAAUAACCUACUUAUGUACCUGUGUAUAUAAAUUGCUGGAGGUUAUUAGAUGAAUAUUUAUGGGAAAUUUAGUGUUCUCUGGCAUUUUUAUUGAAAGAUUGGAAUAUGAAUUUUUAUAUUUGGGUAAGGUAACAGACUAGAUUUGUUUUGUCAUCCAUGUGGUUUUAAUGGAUACAGUAUUUCCUUUGUGAAAUGUUUAAAUAAUUGAAACUGCAUUGUUUAUAGGGUUUCUUCUCUUUUCAUUUUUGUCUUCAAUAUAAUUUUAAGCAGAUGAAUUUUCCAUUUACUUAGUCUUAGAUUUAUUGCAACUUUUUCUUCAGAUAAAGAGAGCAUGUGUGAGUGUGAAUGUGUGAGUGUGAUCUGCAUGUGGGACGUGUGAAUAUGGAUGUGGGAUGUGAUAACACGUGUGUGGAAAGUUUUGUGUGUGUUAAAGGACUGAACAUGUGUGCACAUCUACACACAAAUGUACAUAUGCUAAUUUUCAUGAGUGCACACAUUUUCUAUUCAUAAUCUCCUACACUUUUCCAUCUCUUACACCAACUUUUGAGUAAUAUGCCAUUGCUAGUUUCAUCAGCAUCAAUAGGAAUACGUUAAAAAAAAAGAAAGGAAAAAAAUGGUUUUCAUAGUUGGUGUAUGUACUGUGGAUGGUGAAGAAAGUAUGUGUAUUCUUAUCAUUGUAUAGCAUGUAGUCCCUAUUUUAUUUUACACAAUAUAUUUUUUUUCUAACUUUUAUUUUUUUACACUGAAAUAUUGCUAUGUAAAUUGAAUUUGAGAUAUUCAGCUUGCAUAGUUUUGCAUAUUUAUUGACAUGUUCAUUUGCAGAAUCCAGUUUGUUACCACUUGUCUGUAAAAAAAAUAUGUAUUAACCUCACUCUCAAAUUUAGAUUUGUAAUUUUGAAUAAGUACUAGAGUGAAUCAGUUGUGUUUUUGAUGGUAACCUUAUCAAGUGAUGAAAGCUUAUGGGUUUCAAAUAUGUGGAUACAUUGUAUGUACUUUAAAUGUAUAUGUAAUCCUUGCAGUGAGAGAGAAAGUGAGAGAGAGAGAGAGAGUGAGAGAUCUGUAAAAACUGAUUGAGUGAGAGAGAGAGAGAUGUAAAAACUCAUUGCAAUCAACAUGGCAAUGCAUAUAUCUACAUUGUUAAGAAUGAAAAAAAGGAAAAACAAUGCUGACAUUACAGAUAUAAGAGAGGAAAUGUCUGUUUGUUUUGCAGCUUUACAGUUUAAAUCUAUUAUUAAUUCUUACAUGUUUAUGUUGUUCUCCUGAAACUCAAGCACUAUUUUCUCCUCCAAUUGAUUAUUUUAGCAUUCCUUUCAUUUUGAGGAAAUACUGUGAAAAUUGUGCUAGUGCAAUAAGUAGCAAACUGAACAGCUUGCUGGCAAAUCAUAAACAGGGAAAUGUAGGAAAGUAAAUCAUACAUUGAGCAAAAAAAUAAAACUUAUUUUUUUUAUGUUUUUUUUUUCUUUUUUAUUCAGAUUUGAUUUUUCUUAGAAAUAUGAAUGUAACUUUAACACAUGGUUUGACUUGGAAGAUGUUUCAGGGAAAGUAAACUUAUCCAUGUUUUAUUUGUUGUAAAUACAGUUUAAGGGUCAUUAAACUCUGAACAUAAAAUA